AUGGUUGGGCCUUUGUAUCCGAAACCCGGCGGAUGGGCUGAGAACCAAACCUCAUCCCCUCCAAUGCUUGGCAGGUCAUCAUAUCCGGUACCGGCGGAUGGGCCCAGAUAUGGAUCCCACCGAUACCUAGGCUGUGGCACCCGAGCCCGGCGGAUGGCCAUUUACUGUGGACCCGAUAUCCUGCGUAUCCAUCUCAACGAUGCUGCACCUGCACUUGGACAACUGAUUGGUGGGCUUAACAUAUCUCCGUAUUAUACGAGUGAACGGACGUGCAUAAUAUCCCGUAUGAUACGGGCCAGCGGACCAUGGGCCGAAGGUAGAUAUAUCCUCGACUGUGACGGAUGGGCCGGGAGUGUUAUUAUUCCCGAUGGAGACGGGUUGGCCCAGACAGGAUCGGCCGAGGUAGUUGGAUAUUAUGUAGAUGGGUGUACCAAGGUAGAUAUGUAUCAAAUAGCCGGGUAUAUCAAGGGUGCUUGUUAUCACAUAGACAGACAGACUGAGUGGGCCGAGGGAGCGGUGAAAGAUUUAUUAUAUACGGGUGGGCCAAUGGUAGACAUAUAUUGCAUAGACGGAUCUUUGAAAGCCAACAUCAUCCAAGCCUACCAAAUGCCAAAUGCCAAGUUCCAACUACCUGAAAAUCAAGUGAAGUGUACCAAUAUCCGAGCCCUGACUAUCAAAUCCCGACAAUCGACCAUUGAGUCCCAACUACCGAGUCUUGAAACCCGAGUCCCAAAGCCCGAGAUUUGA